AUGCAGCUAUUGAAGAAUAUUGAUUAAUUCGGAGUUAAUUACUAGUAAGAAAUAGUUAAAAAUGAGAAAGAAUUCAAAAGCAGUUUUGGAGGGAUGACUUCCUUACUUUUAUAUGCAUUAAGUUUUGCUUAUUUCAUUUAUAAAAUAUUUCUUUGGCUUAAUGGAGAUAUUUUACCAAGAGUUUCUACUUAAAAAUCAUCAUAAAGUUAUGCUGAUGUAACAUUUGAGUAUGAUCCAAUUAUGUUUUCAAUAGUUGGAAUGAAUGGUGAUUAAUAUAUUGACCCAUUUUCAAAAAGUGAGAAUAUUAUCACUCCAUAUUUUUCUUAUAUUAAUGAUAUUGAAAUUUCAUAGAAAUAAUCAUUUUUGAAUUCAGCUAUACCUCCUGGAAGAGAAGGUAUAUCAUCAACUGUUUUACCAUAAAAUUUAACAUUAGUACUUAAUUAAGAAGGAAUAAAAGAUUCAACUCCAAAACAUUAGAGAUAAUUGAUGAUUUUAUUUGAAAGAUGCAAUAGCACAGAAUUUGAUUAUUGUGCAAGUGAAGAAAAAUAAUAGUAAUUUUUUCAAUAACCUUUAAAUACAUUUUUCUUAACUAUUUAAAUGAUGUAAUUUAACACAAAAAAAAGGAACUUUGAAAUGAUUUCAAAACAAAUAUAUUUUAUAUUAGAUGAAAUAACGGUGUUAUAUACAUAAUUAUUAUUUUAAAUUACUUCGUCAUCAACUGAUACAGGUUUCUUUUUAGAAUCAAUAGAAAAAUCUAAAUAUAUAAGUGACUUUUAAACCACUUCAUAACAAUUGCCUUAGAGUAAUUUUGAAAAGGUUUUUGGAAAUAAAUAUUUUGCAGCUUUUCUUAUAAGCAUUGACAGUUUAUCUGAAACUUAAUAAAUAAUAUACCCAAAGUUAGGAGAAAUCUUAGCUGACGUUGGCUCUAUUAUGUCUACCUUAAUGGUGUUAAAAAUAUUGGUGAUUAAAAUCAAUUAAAAACUGCAAGAAGAUACUUUGAUAGAAACUGUAAUUAGCUAUUACUAUCCAGAAUUUAAACAAAUUAUAAUUUAGAAAAAUAUUUUUGGUAAAAUCAAUAAUGUAGAGUAAAAUGGAAAAAUUUUAGAAAAUCCAACCUAAUUUAUUUAAUUUUAUGAGUAAUUAAAAGAUAGAACAAAGGAAAAAAUUACGCUCACUAAUAUUAUUUAUGAAAUUUCACGGUUGCAAUUUAUAGUACAAUCUAUGUAAAGCAAGUAAGGGAUACGCUAAAGUCAUUUUGUAGGUAUAAAAUUAAGAUGUAUUUCUAAUUUUAUUUGAUUUUUAUAGUUUUUGAUGGGUUGAUAAGUCCUUAAAAUAUUUAAUUUAGACCAGGAGAAAAAAGUUAAGAUGAGAAAAUUGAAGUUUGCAAUCUUCAAGGGAAAGAAACAUUUGAGCCUUUGAAAUAAAUAGAAAUAUUAUAGGAUGAAGAUUACAUGCUACUUUCUAAGAUCAAUCAUUUAAAGAAUUCCUAAUAUGAUUACAAACAAUAACAAAUUCAAUUUUAUGAAAUAAAUAAUGCUUUAAAAUGA